UCAGGCCAGGCGCUCGGGUGGGGAGCGCACGUACACACACAUGUGCGACGCACACAGCUCAUUCAACAAUACCUCGCAAUAUACAAUGUACAUACUAUAACAGUAUGUAAAAAAAAAGUCGAAUCUAAAAACACGGCACGUGACAACGUCUGUCAAAGAUAGAAAUAGUUAACAUCUCUGUGCCGUCUUAUACGGAAGAAGGCUCUGAUGCUAUGUUGCUUCUCACAGGCUGUGCUGGCGUAAAUAAUUAUUGAGUUGUGAUGUGCCUUGUUUUGUGGCAGCAUUUGUUCGUGUUCCACACAGGAAAAGUACUCGACCCCAUCCAGUGAUUAUGAGUAUACGUAGACGUUUUCAAAACUUGACCCGCUAGGAUGAGUUAUUAAAGUGAAUAAUGCAUUUGUCUUGCCGCAGUUAGAUGAACCACAAAACACCGCUCGUAUAUUAUUUGGGAAUCAUUCACCGUGACGUUUCUUUUUCUUUUGCUCACCACGAGCAAAAUCGUCAAAGUUCAUUACAGAUAACUAUGUGGAUUGUAUGUCGAAUCUCAUCUCGGUCACGACUAAUGUGAAAACUAUUAAUAAUGGGUUUAUAAACAUCAUUGUUCAGUUUGAACGGUUUCACCACAGAGUAUAGACAUGAUCGUGUUGUUAAACAUAAACGCAGAAGGAAUAGAAUAUCUCAUCGUGCUAGAGGCUUCAUAAAGAUUAUCAACAGUCUACUUGUUAAAUUACAUAUACCAUGUACAAAACUAGCGAAGAGACUCGCACGUGGCUGCAAAGAGUACGAUAUUGCCUGUUAGAAGAGUCGAGAAAACCAAAAACAUACAUUAACUGAAUAUCUGGUCACGUCUACAUAUAAUAGUUUAAUUAACCAAAUUUUACUACUUAGGUUGGCAAUAUGUGUACUUCGAUCGAAGCGUUUCGUCGUUGGAUGGAAAAAGAAAACACAUUCGAUACAGAUUGUUUAUGGCUCAAUUGAACUAUUGAUACCUUUAACAGUACAUAUUAUUAAUAUUCGUACAAUACUAUAGUACAACCAAUUGCAAUUAUCUAUUAUUUAAGUAGUGAUGAAGAAUGAACUAGGGCUGAAAAUGCAUUCAGUAAGUGAUUGACUUACUGAAAUAUAAAAAUAAAAGACAAAUAAAAUAUACGGGAACGCAUUUUAUUAAAUAUCAGAUCUGAUGUACAUACUACACAUUACAUUAUUAUAUACAUCGUAUAGUAGAUAUAUGUAUUAAUACUUACUUUAAAAAAUAAUAGAACGGGCUUAAAUGAAAAAAAAAACGUUGAUGGAAUUCUUCAAUAUUGAUUUUAUAAGCUUGUACGAAAACAUCGUGCGUAAAAUAUUAUAGCCCGUAUUCAGAUCUCGUUUUUAGUGCUAAUAGCGCACUUUUUAAUUAUUUGUUAGUGAGUUUAUAGGUGAUCGUAUUCAGAGCCGCUUUUAUGGUCACUCUUAAGGUCACUAACAGCUAAUAGCGCGCUAUUAGCGAAAAAGUAUAUUCAGAACCGCUUUUAAGUAUUUAACAGUGCGCUAUUAGGCGCUAUCUUGUGACUAACAGCGACCUGUUCGUACAUGUGGGCAGGGGCAUGUUUAAAGUGACAGGUCGCUCAAAUAUGGCGGAGCAAAUAGAGGCUAUUGCCGAGGUGGACAAAGUCCGCGAAGUCAAUGAAAUGAGAGUAAGAAAUCCGCAAGUUUUUCGAGAGAGACGUGAUCCGUUUGCAUUGUUUAGUGAACGUGAAUUUCGAAACAGAUAUUGCUUAUAGAAAGACAGUGUACGAUUUGUGAUCAGUUUAGUGGAAGAUAGGUUAGUGUCUGAUGCCGGUCACCACAACGACAUAUCCCCAGCAAUGCAGGUACUUGUAACCCUGCGGUUCUAUGCUAAAGGAUGCUACCAGACAAAAUUAGGAGAACUGCAUGGCAUUUUCCAGCCUAGCGUAUCCAGAAUAGUUGCAAAAGUAUCUGAUGCUAUUGCUGCACUGCUUCCACGAUUUAUUGUGUAUCCAGCUGGAAUGGAAGCUCUUAAAACGGAGUUUUACAACAUAGAUCACUUUCCUGGGGUUGUGGGCUGUAUUGAUUGCACCCACAUUGCAAUAAAAAACCCUAGUCGGGAGCGAGCUAUGUUGUAUGUUAUCCGUAAGGGUUAUUAUUCUAUCAACAUGCAAGUAAUGUGUGAUGCUCAGAGACGAAUUCUGGAUAUUGUUGUUAAAUGGCGAGGCAGUGUUCAUGAUGCACGUAUAUGGGACUCGUGCUCUCUGAAGGAAGAGUUUGAUUGUUAAUAGGCCUCGAGGAUAAAGGGAAUCUUGCUUGAUUCUGUCCUGGUAGCAGGGAAUAUGUUCCGCAGGGACUUCGUGCGAAGACAUUUCGCAUGAAGGAGUUCCUGCAUUGCUGGAGGUGCUGAGGCUCUAACCUAUCUGCCCUAUCUCAUCAUCUGUACACUGCCUUUCGAUGAAGAUAUCUGCUAGAAGUUAUACGAAAACUAAACAAUUCAAAUGGAUCAAGUUCCUGUCGAAAACCUUUUGGAUUUCUUACUCUCAUUUUAAUAAAUGAA